GGAGCCGAGCGCGCCGCGUCGCCCGCCGUCGCCAGUGCGGAGCGUGGGGAGCACUCGGCCGCAGCCCUCGCCUGCCGCGGAGGGUCGCGCCCGGCGCCGCCGGCCAGGCUGCCCUGUGCCCGGGCCUUUCCGUCCUUGGAGCGGAUCGUUGCCCGCCGGGCGCCCGCCCGCAGUGACAGCACCCGCCGGAGCCGAGGCCGCGGCGGCGGCCGUGCCCAUGACCGGGUAUCUGUGCUUAGCUUCUUCCCCGUCGCCUCUGCCACGCCUCACCCCGGCACUGGGACCUCAGGUAGCCACCUGCCCCUAGCUGAGGCCGCGCCUGGGAGGCGGCCCAGCGCCCUCUCCUCCCAGUGCAACAGGCAGGAUGGGCGACAUGGCCAACAGUUCCAUUGAGUUCCACCCCAAGCCCCAGCAGCAACGGGAAGCGCCCCAUGCAGGCGGCUUUGGGUGCACACUGGCUGAGCUGCGCUCCCUCAUGGAGCUCCGAGGGGCCGAGGCGCUGCAGAAGGUCCAGGAAGCCUAUGGGGAUGUCAGCGGGCUCUGCAGGAGGCUGAAGACCUCGCCCACAGAGGGUCUGGCCGACAAUGCCAGUGACUUGGAGAAGCGCAGGCAGAUCUACGGGCAGAACUUCAUCCCUCCCAAGCAGCCCAAGACCUUCCUGCAGCUGGUGUGGGAGGCCCUGCAGGAUGUGACCCUCAUCAUCCUAGAGGUGGCUGCCAUCGUCUCCCUGGGCCUCUCGUUCUAUGCGCCACCCGGAGAGGAGAGUGAGGCGUGCGGGAAUGUGUCAGCCGGGGCAGAAGAUGAAGGCGAGGCUGAGGCCGGUUGGAUCGAGGGGGCCGCCAUCCUGCUGUCUGUAGUCUGCGUGGUGCUGGUCACAGCUUUCAAUGACUGGAGCAAGGAGAAGCAGUUCCGGGGCCUGCAGAGCCGCAUCGAGCAGGAGCAGAAGUUCACAGUCAUCCGCAAUGGGCAGCUCCUCCAGGUCCCUGUGGCCGCACUGGUGGUGGGCGACAUCGCCCAGGUCAAGUAUGGAGACCUGCUGCCUGCCGACGGCGUGCUCAUCCAGGGCAACGACCUCAAGAUCGAUGAGAGCUCCCUGACUGGCGAGUCGGACCACGUGCGCAAGUCAGCCGACAAAGACCCCAUGCUGCUCUCAGGUACUCACGUCAUGGAAGGUUCCGGAAGAAUGGUGGUGACGGCCGUCGGUGUGAACUCCCAGACAGGCAUCAUCUUCACCUUGCUCGGAGCAGGCGGAGAGGAGGAGGAGAAGAAGGAUAAGAAGGGCAAGCAGCAGGAUGGGGCGAUGGAGAGUAGCCAGACCAAAGCUAAGAAGCAGGAUGGGGCGGUUGCCAUGGAAAUGCAGCCUCUGAAGAGCGCGGAGGGCGGGGAGAUGGAAGAGCGGGAGAAGAAGAAAGCCACCGUGCCCAAGAAGGAGAAAUCCGUCCUUCAGGGCAAGCUCACCAAACUGGCUGUGCAGAUCGGGAAAGCAGGGCUGGUGAUGUCUGCCAUCACCGUCAUCAUCCUGGUCCUCUACUUUGUGAUUGAGACCUUCGUCGUCGACGGCCGGGUGUGGCUGGCGGAGUGCACGCCAGUCUAUGUGCAGUACUUCGUGAAGUUCUUCAUCAUCGGUGUCACUGUGCUGGUCGUGGCUGUCCCGGAGGGCCUCCCUCUUGCUGUCACCAUCUCCUUAGCUUACUCUGUCAAGAAAAUGAUGAGGGACAACAACCUGGUCCGCCACCUGGACGCCUGCGAGACCAUGGGCAAUGCCACGGCCAUCUGCUCGGACAAGACGGGCACACUCACCACCAACCGUAUGACCGUGGUCCAGUCCUACCUCGGGGACACUCACUACAAGGAGAUUCCAGCCCCCAGCGCCCUGACACCCAAGAUCCUCGACCUCCUGGUCCACGCCAUCUCCAUCAACAGUGCCUACACCACCAAAAUACUACCUCCAGAGAAGGAAGGGGCUCUCCCACGCCAAGUGGGCAACAAGACGGAGUGUGCCCUGCUGGGCUUCGUCCUGGACCUGAAGCGGGACUUCCAGCCUGUGCGAGAGCAGAUUCCGGAAGAUAAGCUUUACAAAGUGUACACCUUCAACUCAGUCCGCAAGUCCAUGAGCACAGUCAUCCGCACGCCCGACGGCGGCUUCCGCCUCUUCAGCAAGGGCGCCUCGGAGAUCCUGCUGAAAAAGUGCACCAACAUCUUAAACAGCAACGGAGAACUGCGCAGCUUCCGCCCUCGGGACCGGGACGACAUGGUGAAGAAGAUCAUUGAGCCGAUGGCUUGCGACGGCCUCCGCACCAUCUGCAUCGCCUACCGCGACUUCUCUGCUGCCCAGGAGCCUGACUGGGACAAUGAGAAUGAGGUGGUGGGCGACCUCACCUGCAUAGCUGUCGUGGGCAUCGAGGACCCUGUGCGACCCGAGGUCCCUGAAGCUAUCCGCAAAUGCCAACGUGCUGGCAUUACAGUCCGCAUGGUGACUGGAGACAACAUCAACACGGCCCGGGCCAUCGCAGCCAAGUGUGGCAUCAUCCAGCCAGGGGAGGACUUCCUGUGCCUGGAGGGAAAAGAAUUCAACCGGCGCAUCCGCAAUGAGAAAGGCGAGAUAGAACAGGAGCGUCUGGACAAGGUGUGGCCCAAGCUGAGGGUCCUCGCCCGAUCAUCUCCCACUGACAAGCACACUCUGGUCAAAGGGAUUAUUGACAGCACGACUGGCGAGCAGCGACAGGUGGUGGCCGUGACGGGGGAUGGCACUAACGACGGGCCAGCCCUCAAGAAAGCAGAUGUGGGCUUCGCCAUGGGCAUCGCAGGGACUGACGUGGCCAAGGAGGCCUCGGACAUCAUCCUGACCGAUGACAACUUCACCAGCAUCGUCAAGGCGGUCAUGUGGGGCCGCAACGUGUACGACAGCAUCUCAAAGUUCCUGCAGUUCCAGCUGACAGUCAACGUGGUGGCCGUGAUUGUGGCCUUCACGGGCGCCUGCAUUACUCAGGACUCUCCUCUCAAAGCCGUGCAGAUGUUGUGGGUGAACUUGAUCAUGGACACAUUUGCCUCUCUGGCCCUGGCGACGGAGCCCCCCACCGAAUCGCUGCUGCUGCGGAAGCCAUACGGCCGAGACAAGCCCCUGAUCUCCCGCACCAUGAUGAAGAACAUACUAGGCCACGCGGUGUACCAGCUCACCAUCAUCUUCACGCUGCUCUUUGUGGGGGAGCUCUUCUUCGACAUUGACAGUGGGAGGAACGCGCCCCUGCACUCGCCGCCCUCGGAGCACUACACCAUCAUCUUCAACACCUUCGUCAUGAUGCAGCUCUUCAACGAGGUCAACGCCCGCAAGAUCCACGGCGAGCGCAACGUGUUCCACGGCAUCUUCAGCAACCCCAUCUUCUGCGCCAUCGUCCUGGGCACCUUUGCAAUUCAGAUUGUCAUCGUCCAGUUUGGCGGGAAGCCCUUCAGCUGCUCCCCCCUGUCCACGGAGCAGUGGCUCUGGUGCCUGUUUGUUGGCGUUGGGGAGCUGGUCUGGGGACAGGUCAUUGCCACCAUCCCCACCAGCCAGCUCAAGUGCCUGAAGGAAGCAGGGCAUGGGCCCGGGAAGGAUGAGAUGGCUGACGAGGAGCUGGCCGAGGGGGAGGAAGAGAUUGACCAUGCUGAGCGCGAGCUCCGCCGAGGCCAGAUCCUCUGGUUCCGGGGCCUCAACCGGAUCCAGACACAGAUGGAGGUAGUGAGUACCUUCAAGAGAAGCGGUUCAUUUCAGGGUGCUGUGCGCCGGCGGUCUUCGGUCCUCAGCCAGCUCCAUGACAUCCGGGUGGUGAAAGCAUUCCGUAGCUCACUCUAUGAAGGCCUGGAGAAACCGGAAUCCAAGACCUCCAUCCAUAACUUCAUGGCAACGCCCGAGUUUCUGAUCAAUGACUACACCCACAACAUCCCGCUCAUCGAUGACACGGACGUGGACGAGAACGAGGACCGUCUGCGGGCCCCCCCACCUCCGUCCCCCAACCAGAACAACAACGCCAUAGACAGCGGCAUCUACCUGACCACGCACGGCACCAAGUCAGCUACCUCGUCAGUGUUUUCUUCCAGACCCGGGAGCCCGCUCCACAGCGUGGAGACGUCCCUCUAAGCAGAACUGCUCUUGGCACGCACACACCCGCACACAUGCGCACUCGGGCGGGCAGCACAGGCCUGCAAGGAGGGUUCGGCCAUGGCACUUGCAGGAAGCCAGUCCAUUCAAGGCUUCUUACCCGGACCCAGGAGACGGAGGAGGAGCAAGAGGAGGAGGAGGAGGAAGGAGAAACUAGAGAGCCAGAAGAGCUAUGUUCCCCCCUUUUUUCUAUCAAGGCUUUUUUUUAAUGAACACUCCAAUUCCACCGGAUGUUGUCCGUUUGGGCUAUGCGCUGGGGCAGGGGGCCGGUUUCGGUUUAUUGGGAGCUUCGUUGCACCCACUCGUGAGCAACUGGAUCGAUAGAUUCAUACAAAAAGAAAAAAGGCAAGUGCUGAUUUGCAGGGCCGGGAAGGAUGCCCCCACCCAGACAGCUCACCCCUGGGAACUGCCUGCAAAUGUACCUGCCCUGCCGAGCACGCCCUUCCCAGGACACGUGUGCAGUCUGUAUGUAUGUGCGUGUGUGCAUAGAAAUGUGUGUGUGCGUAUAGACAUAUGCGUACAUGUAUGACGAUGCAGAUUUAAAGAAUAAGGAACUAUUUAUUGGCAUGAUACUUCCAUUCUUCUUAUCAAGUGUUUUCAUUUUGAAAUUUCAUUAUUUAUUGAGGCAGGGUUUUUUCAGGGAACUAGACAGCAAGAAUAUCUUUUUGGUCGCUUGGGAACAUGCCCGCCUUCUGCUCCCUUCCACCGUCCCUCCUCCGGGUCUUCCGGGCACACUUCCUGGGAAUGUCACCCGUGAGUGUCUGGAGGAGAAUAUGGGGGGGCUCGGGGUGGGAGCAGUUACAGUCGGAACGUUUGCACUUUGAGACCCCUGCCUACAGAGGAAAAAACCUUUCAAUGGAAUUUUGUAUUUCAAAGGAAAAUGCCAAAGUAUUGAUGAGAAUGACCCCCUCCAGUGGGUGGAAGGGGGAGUUUUGUUUUCAAGUUUUUUUGGUUUCAACUCCAAUUCCAAGUCCUGAAUUCUAGCUGGUGGGCUCUCUUUGUCCCCACCCCAACUUCAAGAGCAUGAAGCACCGCCCCCUGCAGCGCCUGACCCCGCGGGAGAGCCAGGUGGAGGCGGGUUGCCUCGAGGCAGACAGAAAGCGCAGAGGAAGAGGAGCUGAUGGGCACAGCGCAGACCCCAGCCCCCUCGGCGCUGCUGCCUGGAUUAACACUUUUUGCUUUGGCAAAGGCCAAGAGGUUGUCACUUAGGCACCUCUAAAGCGACUGGGAAAGGUCCUCAGUCACCAGCCGCCUAAGCACUCUUCCGACCCUAGUCUUCUCGUUUAAGGACAAAUAUGACCCACAAAGGCGUGGAUUUGUGUCUGCAGCCACCUAUAUGACACUGGGGAAGCGGAUGCAGAAGCGAAGCCCCUGGGAGCGAUGGCACCUCGUUGCUGUGCCUCUAAUCAACCUGUGGCUCUUUCUUGAGAGUCCAGAAGGCUGAGGAGGUCAGCGCCACCACGUCAGCUGAGCACUUGGUCUGCAGGCGGGGAGAGCUGGGCCUGGGCUCCCCAGACGGUUCCCUCGGAAGCCUCUCCUUGCAGUGUGGGCACCCAGUGUGCCAAGCCUCAGUUUCCCCCAAAUGCAUGCUAACAGAGAGGGAAAUGCAGAAAAAGCAGAGGUUCUUUUAUCUUCUGAAUGCAUCUGUCUCACAUUUUGCAGGGAGGCUGUUGGGGUCUGACCACAGCUCCCACACGUGCCUGUCGCUUGUGCGCGGGGCUGAGUCACUAGGGUACAGCUGGGAGCUGAGGGAUGUAGGUGUGGCUGCGCAUGCUCAGCAGCUGAGCAGCAGCUGGACUGGUGGCAAGGCUGGUUGGCCCAUCACGUCCCCUCUCCAGCACCCACCAGCAGGGGCUCGUCUACCACCACCUGCAUCUGUGAGUGUCCGGGCCGACGUCCAACACUCUGGGUGCCCACAUUAACAUCAGUGUCAUGUCACCCCUGAGCAGGAGUAGUCAAAUCUCAGGCAAAGGAAUUUCGGUUAGAAAAGAAAAUCCCACUUAAAAUGCCAGCUACAGAUAACUCAAAGCCAUCCCUUUUUUCCAAAGGGCACAUUGAGAAUGUCACCCAUUUGUAAAUUGUUCCCUAAUGUCCUCGUUUAAACAACAACAAAAAGGGCAACUCAAUUUGUUGAGGGUCUGUGUGUUCUUAAACAAGAAAUAAAAUUGGAAAUGUUGAAAUUGAAGAAGAUACGCUGCAUAAUGCCGCACUCACGGGCUUCUUCUCAUUCUCUGUUGUGGACGCGCUGAUAGACCAACAUCCAGCUCCCUCAGUGCUGCUGUACAAAGUGUCCAUCGUUAGUCCCUAGGUCGCCUUUCUGCGGGGCGUGGGCUUCAGAAACGGGGCGCCGGGAGCUCGGACCACGGCUCUGGCUUCUCCGCAGGCUUCAGGCUGAGGGGCCUGGCUCUGCAGGCAGCCCCUCUCUCUAAAGCAUUAUAUUACCUGGAAUGGCUUGGUCAACUGCGUUCAGUUAUUAAGUAUGUUUUACAUUUUUAUCUGCCUGUUAUAAAGAUGAACAAAAAUAUCUUAAUGAGGAAGACCACAGAUGCAUAAUAAUUUAAAGUCUGUAGUUGAACUUCCUAAUUUAAAGAAUAGACCAAAAUUUCUGUGUAAAAAAAAAAAAAAA